AUGGAACGUGAAUCAUAUAAGAAAAAAAAUAAAAGACGGUCAAGAUCAAGGUCUCCAAGAAGUCGCAUGUCGAAGGAUAGUGGAUGUCGUUCGAAAAACCGGGCGCCCUCCCGCUCUCCAAGCAGAUCAUCUUCAACAGACAAAGAUAAGAGUAUCAUGAGAUAUAAAGAAGAAAAAAGAAAAAUGAAAGAAUUACUGAAAGCAGUGGAGACUCCUGAAGAGAAAAGAGCCAGAAGGCUUGCAAAAAAGGAGGCAAAAGAAAGAAAAAGAAAGGCUGAAAUGGGAUGGGAUGAGGAGGACUUGGGGUACACUAAUACAAAUAACCCAUUUGGAGAUCACAACUUGAGGGAAACCUUCACAUGGCAUAAAAAAAAUGAAUCGGUUGGAAUAAAUGACAAAGAUGAGCAAGAGCGAUUUCAAAAAAGAAAACAAGAUGAAAUGAGGGUUGAAUUACAAAAGGUGAAGCAAAGAAGAAUGGAAAGGGAAAGGGAAAAGGCAGCAAGAGAUGAGGAAAUGACAAUGAUGCAAAGAGAAAAAGAAGCAGAAAUGUUUGAAGUUUGGGAAGAGCAAGAGAGUGAAUUUCAUUUGCAACAAGCAAGAAAAAGAUCAAAAAUAAGAAUCAAAGAUGGAAGGGCAAAACCAAUUGAUUUAUUGGCUGAGUAUGUCAAUCCAGAAGAGGAAGAUUUUGAGCUACAAAUGAAUGAGCCAUAUAGUGUCCUUGUGGGAUUGAGUAUUGAGGAUCUCGAGGAUUUACUAGAAGAUAUCAAAGUUUAUAAACAACUGGAGCAAGGACACAAUGCAGAAUUUUGGAAGGACAUGACUGUAGUUGCAAAAGAUGAGCUUGAAAAACUCAAAGCAAAACGCCAAGAAGGAGAUCUUCGUAAUCAAAGAGAGGUGAUAAACACAGCAGUCAGAGCAGAUGUUACAAGCAUAUUUAAAGGCAAAACUCAUGGACAAUUAGUGGCAAUGCAAAAGCAAAUCAAAGAAAAAAUCAGUGCUGGUGGUCCAAUUGAUAUUGGCUACUGGGAAUCAUUAUUACAACAAUUGAAGGCUUUCAUUGCAAGAGCUCAAUUAAAAGAGAGACACCAGCAGAAGUUAAGAGAAAAGUUAGCAGAACUAAAGAAACAGAGUGUAAAUGAGUCUGAUUCUGAUUCUGAACCUUCAUACAAACAUGAAUCAUCCCCAAGAGAUAGUCCUGGGCCAAGUAGGCAGCAGGAAGCCUCUCCAGCAGAAAGAAAAGAUUUGCCAACAGAGGAACCAAAUGAAGACAAAGAAAAAGAAGUGGAAGGAAACGAAAAAGAAGUGGAAGGAAAAGAAAAAGAAGUGGAAGGAAAAGAUGGAAAACCAAAUGUUACACAAAGAUCUGAAGAGGAAAUGGCUGUAGAAGCAUACCAAACAUAUGAAGCAGGAUCUUACAGUCCACGCUUAAUACCAUUUCAAGAUGUGGAAGAGACUAAGUGGAUUGAUCAUGAUGAUGAUUUGCACAGACUGGGCUACCUUAGAAUGCAGGUGCAGUCUGGGUCAACCGUUGAUGAGGAAGAAACAUCAGACAAAGUUUAUUCAUCAGAGGCAACUAAAAUCCUAGGAGAAGGAGAAGAGGCCUUUAAUGUCCCAUUCAACCUGAACAAAAAGACUUACACAUGGACUGACAAAUAUAGGCCAAGAAAACCAAGAUUCUUCAACAGAGUUCAUACGGGCUAUGAAUGGAAUAAAUAUAACCAAACACAUUAUGAUAGUGACAAUCCACCUCCAAAAAUUGUUCAAGGAUACAAGUUUAAUAUCUUCUAUCCUGACUUGAUUGAAAAAACAGUAGCUCCUGAAUAUAGUUUGACACCAAUAAAGGAGGAUCCAGAUUUUGCUAUUCUCAAAUUUUCUGGUGGCCCACCAUAUGAAGAUAUUGCUUUCAAAGUUGUUAACAGAGAAUGGGAACUUGCUCAUAGACAUGGAUUUCGAUGUCAGUUUCAGAACAAUGUGUUUCAACUUUGGUUUCACUUCAAGAGAUAUCGUUAUAGAAGAUAGAAUUUCUUUUGAUUAUUUGCAUUGUAUCACUUUGGUAUUCUGUUUUAUAUAAAUCAUUAACUCUCUGAUGAUAUAGAACCCACUGUAUUUUUGGUUCUUUCCUGUAUGAUUUUUUUCAAAGUUCAGAAAAUUAAACUUUAAAAUAACUU